UCCACAGAUGGUGCUGAGUAGAGCGAGCAGCAGGCGCACUACGAGAUCAAGUGUGGGAGUGUGUGUUUGUUUGUGUGUCUGAGAGAGACAGAGAGGGAGAGACCCACUGGAUAACCACUGUAUUGUGGAGGCAGCAGAGUAGCCUGUAGUAACACAGACGGAGAGUAGGAGAGUGUUUGCUCAGAGUACUUCAAGGUAAAGUCUAAAGAGAAGGCGUGAGAGUUGGAAGAGAAGCAAAGAGAAGCCCUUUCACCUUCCCCAGAGAGCAGGAGGUAAACCGCUGGUAAGCAAAUAUUAAUGACCUGACAAAAGAGCACACAACAUCCCCGUGCUGAUCAGACAGCCUUAACCUGGAGCCGUGCAACAGAGGAGCCUGGAUACAUAUACAGUAAGCCACACACACGCAAGAGAAGCUCUCCAAUCAUUCAUGAUCAGCAGCCCUGCCUCACAAAGACACAAAGGCCACGCUGACACAGCCAGAAGAGUGGAGGAGAGAAGAGGACUCUUACUCUGUUGUGGGACUUUGUCAAAGUAAAAGUCUUCCCUGGAUAUUUUUUUAUUUUUUUUUUAAACCUGAAGCCAGAGUCGUCCUUCCUUUUAAACCAUUCCCCCUCAAGGAGCAAAGAUGAGCUGCAGGAAAAGGUGCAAGCGUGAGAUUUUCAAGUUCGCACAGUACCUGUUCAGACUUAUCACAGGCUCGCUCAACACUGACAGCGUUGAAGAUGAGCUUGAACUCUCUGCAGUCCGCCAUCGCCCCGAGGGCCUGGAGCAGCUUGAAGCCCAGACACGUUUCUCUCGUAAGGAGCUACAGAUCCUCUACCGCGGCUUCAAGAACGAAUGCCCCAGUGGAGUCGUCAACGAGGAAACUUUUAAAGACAUCUACUCACAAUUCUUCCCACAAGGAGAUGCUUCAACGUACGCACAUUUCCUGUUCAAUGCGUUUGACACAGAUCACAACGGCUCUGUGAGUUUCGAGGACUUUGUUAUGGGUCUUUCUAUCCUCCUGCGAGGGACAGUCCAGGAAAAACUCAACUGGGCUUUCAACCUGUACGACAUCAAUAAAGAUGGAUAUAUCACUAAAGAGGAAAUGCUGGACAUCAUGAAAGCCAUCUACGACAUGAUGGGAAAAUGUACAUACCCUGUCCUCAAAGAGGAGACGCCUCGUCAGCAUGUAGAAGUAUUCUUUCAGAAGAUGGAUAAGAAUAAAGAUGGAGUGGUAACCAUAGACGAGUUCAUCGACUGUUGCCAAAACGAUGAAAAUAUCAUGCGGUCAAUGCACCUCUUUGAAAAUGUCCUUUAACUUUUGGCCUGACAGUGGAGGCCUUGGAGGAGAACAUCAUCUUUAGCUUGGCCCAAUAACUAACUUGGACUCAUACUGUGUACAGUGUGCUAUGCAGACUUUUGACCAUAGAUAUAAAUAUUGUUCAUUACUGUUGGCCACAGUUAGGAGUAGACAGUGUGGUGUGAACUCUCUGGAAUUAGCAGCCUCCUCUACAGUUUACCGAGAAAAAUAAAUAGGACAAUUUAAAACGGCGAAAAGGUUGAAUUAUCAAAGUGAAAACAUUAACUUCAAGGUUGAUUUCCUCCUGUCUCUGGAGUGUCUAAUGCAAACCGUGUUGGCCUCCGACGUAAUCAACACAUAGAGAGAGAGAGAGAAUAAAAAAGAGACUGCUAAUGAAAGGGUUUGGAUCGGCUCCACGUCUUGACUUGUUUUAUUUACUGCCAAGUGAAAUCACUGUGACUUUUUACUGCGUCUAAAAUCCCAGAACAAAAUAUCUGAGCUCGCAUCCGUCUGCUUUUACAUUCCAGACUGGCUCUCGGUUCCAGAGUGUUCGUACCCGACUUAGUUCAGCAUUGCGGUCUGUCUCUUUGCUCUUUGAAGGAAUCAUUUACAGAGGGGGCGAAAUAAAUAAUAAGGAUAAUAAUAAUACAUUGUACCAUUUUAAAUUGUAUAUACUAUAGAUACAGCAUUAGAUAAGAACUCUAUGAGAAACUUUUCAACGUUGUUCAUGUUUACUUGCCAACUAGAAAGAGACAACAACGCAAGGAUUGUAUUGAUGUCAAAAUCGGACCAUAACGUCGAUGGUUUGUCUACAGAAGCACACAGGUAGCUAUAUUUACCAUGAGUAUAACGUUAGACAACGGUAUCUUUGUCAUGACAUAACUGCUGCUUUCAGUGCAUUUCAUUUAACCUGUGUAUAUUUCCUGUAAAGUUAAACCAUCUAUCAAUAUGUUUUUAUUUGUUUCUGUUUUGUUUUUGGGGCACUGUCUAGGAAUUUACACUAAAGAGCGAGUUUCAGGUUAUUUAUAUGGCACCACGGUCAUUGUACAAAAGAUUGUCAGAUGUACAGUAUUAAAUGAAAAUUCACCAUCUUGCUGGUGAAUUUUAGCUCUUUAGAUUUGCUCCUAUAAUUCACUGUUUCUAAUGAGACAGGGUUUGGGUUGUUGAUGCAAACUUUGUACUAUUAUUAUGUUUUGGGUUGUUGGCUAAUAAGCUUCCCGCUCUUCAUCUUGAGGGACUUGAAGUCCAGCUGCACACACCUGUUCAGCCCGAUUGGAUCCUGCUGUCUGCGAUUAAAGCAUUGAUUGAUGUUAGCAAACACAAGGCAUGCUGGGUAGAAGCCUCACUUACUGACUUCGUCUUGCUCGUUGGAAUCUACUGGACUGUGGGAGAGAAGUGUCUGGAUGUUACAUAAGUAAGUUUUAAUCUGACAUUUCCUAUUUGCAGUGUCUUGGAUAUUAACUACUGGAAGUAUCCAUCAAACUUCAACAAAUUUGAUUAUGUUUAUUGUCAUUGUAUCGCUGGGAGCUGCAGUCACAAAUAUAAAUCUCCUCAGUGAGGCAUGUCUAUUCAUUUAGUAAAGAAGAUGACACAUUUUU